AUGAACGGCGACACCUACUCAUCCAGAGACACUGGACGCUCCCGCGAUUACUUCCGCGACGAGCGACGUGAUCGAGACCGAGGUGACAGAACCGAACGGGGAGCUGACCGAGCUGCCGAACGAGGUGCUGAGCGCGGUGCGGAACGUGGAAGCGAGCGUGGAGCUGAACGGGGCGAUCGGACUGAUCGUGGUGAACGACGCCGAUCGCGUUCGCCCCAUCAUGGAUCCCGAGGUGACUCCCGUCGGGAGCGCGAAGUGAACUCAUACUCUACCAGCCGCGACUACCGUGCCCGUGAGCGUGAAGACCGCUACUCUGGCCGCCGUGAUGAUCGAGACUGGGACCGUGGUGACCGGGCUGAGCGCGGUGGGGGUGAUCGAAGCGGUGGUCGCCGACGUGACUUUGACGAGAGGCCCCGCCGUGACCUGUUUGAUGACCGACGGGGCGGACGUGGUGGCGGAGACCGUGGUGAUCGCGGAGACCGUGGAGACCGUGAGAGAAGAGAGCGCAAGCGAAGUGCCACACCCCCGCGGCGCAAGGAGCCUACUCCUGAUCUAACAGAUGUCCCCUCGGUGUUGACCCGCAAACGCCGUCUGACUCAAUGGGAUAUGAAGCCUCCUGGUUACGAGAAUGUUACGGCUGAACAGGCAAAGAUCUCAGGGAUGUUCCCUCUUCCCGGAGCUCCGCGUCAGCAGCCAAUGGAUCCCAGCCGCAUGAAGGACUUCCUGAACCCUCCCACUGGCGAAAGUGACAACGCUGCCCUCAAGCCCUCCAACUCUCGCCAAUCCAAGCGCCUUUUCGUUUACAAUAUCCCGCCCGGUGUCUCAGGCGAUGGCGUUAUUUCUUUCUUCAAUCUUCAGUUGAAUGGUCUCAACGUUAUCCACAAUGUCGAUCCCUGCAUCUCAGCUCAAGUUUCUGAAGAUAAGUCCUUCGCACUUCUGGAGUUCAAGGAUCCAAAUGACGCCACAGUCGCAUUGGCCUUCGACGGAAUUACUAUGGCGGAGAGUGGGGAUAAGGGUCUCGAAGUGCGACGACCAAAGGAUUAUAUUGUUCCCGACGGCAGCGCUAGCCAGCCAGUCCAGCAGGGCGUUGUGCUGAGCGAGGUGCCUGACUCACCUAACAAGAUCUGCAUCUCCAACAUUCCCUCCUACAUUAAUGAGGAAGCUAUCAUCAUGCUGCUGACCUCAUUCGGCGAGCUCAAGUCGUUUGUUCUGGUCAAAGAUGCUGCUACAGAGGAGUCUCGGGGAAUUGCCUUUUAUGAAUACGUCGACCCGAACAACACUGCUCUUGCCGUCGAAGGUUUGAACGGCAUGGAACUCGGUGAUCGCCAACUCAAGUUUGUUCGCGCCAGCAUUGGAACCACACAAGCCUCUGGGCUUGACAUGGGCGUCAAUGCCAUGCAGAUGUUCGCUAAGACCACCUCCCAGGAUCUCGAGACCACUCAGGUCUUGCAGCUUCUCAACAUGGUCACUCUUGACGAGCUUCUCAAUGACGAAGAUUACGAAGAAAUCAUGGAAGAUGUGCGCGAGGAAUGUGUCAAAUUUGGAAAGAUUCUUGGAAUGAAGAUCCCCCGUCGCGGACAUGGUGCCGGCAAAAUCUUCAUUAAGUAUGAUAGUGCCGAGUCCGCUACCAACGCUCUUAAGGCGCUGGCGGGUCGCAAGUUCUCGGACCGUACAGUUGUUGCCUCGUACUUUGGGGUUGAGAACUUCGAAACCGAGGCCUGGUAA